GAGCAGAGCCCGGCACCCACAGAGGAUGCUGAGCCGGCAUGGCCCUCUCCACCGCAGCCCUGGCACUGUGCAUGACGCUGCUCCUUGCCCUGCGGACGGACGGUGAGAAGCUGGCAAGGCCCACACAGGUGCGCUUUACUGCAAAGAUAGCGCAUCACCUACUGCAGUGGGAGCCAGGACACAACCCACCCCGUGACGUCUGCUAUGAAGUGGAGCACAAAGUCUACGGCAUGAAUUUCUCCUGGAUGGCUAUCCCAAACUGCAUGAAGAUCUCUGAGCACUCCUGCGACCUCACGUACUACACCUUGGAUCCUGCCCUGCGCUACUACGCACGGGUCAGGGCUGUGUCCGGAAACCGCACGUCCCUGUGGACAAGGACCAACUCUUUCUCCCCACAAGAAGCCAGCCUGCGCCUGUCAGGCCAGAGCCUCUCCGUGAUGGGCAACACCAUCCACGUGCAGCUGCAGCUGCUCCUCAGGGCAGGGAACCUCACCGUGAGAUACGACAACAUACAGAAGCAUGCAAGACUAUACCGGGUGCACGUCAGGAAGGCACAGAACAAUCAGACGUAUGAAGUGGUGGAGACAACCCCAGAGUUCAACAUCAGCAGCCUCUUCUGGGACACGGAGUACUGCAUCAGCGUGGAGCCUGAAGUGGCCAGCCGGCACACCCGCACCAUGCGCACCGAUGAGCAGUGUGUCACCAUUGGCGAGAGAGACAGGAGCUCAGAGCUCAUCCUGAGCAUCAUCAGCUCUUCCUUCAUCACCCUGCUGCUCUUGAGCCUCCUGGGAGCUCUGCUGGUGUGCAUCUACGUAAAGAAACCCAUGAGGCCGCCGUCCGUCCUGAAGUCUUUCAUAAAGCAGAGCUCGCUCUGGGUGGAGCAGGAGUCCUCGUCCUUCGGGAGCCUGGAUGCAGACCCCAUCCAGCAGCUGUUCCUGUGCCAGAAGGAGCCCCAGCAGGACAGUGGCCCUGACGGCAGCACUGGCACAGCCCGGCUGCCCCUGGAGAAGGGCUGGAAGCUCCCAGCAUGGUCCGAGGACCAGGUGUGCCUGCUGGAGCCGGGGGCCAUGGGGAGCGGAGACAGCAGCUGCACCAGCACCGACAGCGGCAUUUGCCUGCAGACCUCCUCCUCUGAACUGAGCUGCUCCUCGGGCCCCGAGCCCCAGGGCUACAAGCAACAGCUGCCCGCAGGCGACGACAGCGGCAUGGGCUUGGAGAGCGCCUGCCCCCCCUCCACGUGCUCCUCCAGCAGUGGGAGCACCAGCCCCGCAGAGGCCAGGUGGCCGCACAGAGGGGAACUCAGCCUCCCCCCCACCGCCAGCCAGGACGGCCAGCAAGACGUGGAGUUCCGUGGGUACCUGCAGCAGUCCAAGGGCACGGUGGAGCCAAGGCAGGACCCAGCCAGGGGGAUACCCUUCUCUGGCUGCGCAGGAUCCCUGCAGGACAUGGGCAGCACUGACAUCACGCUGGAGGUAGAGUGCUCCGAACUGGCUGUGGCCAAAGGGUAUUUGAAGCAGUCCUCUCCUGAGCAUCCCCACAGCCACGCACAGGACCUCGCUCUGUGGAGAGCCCCUCAGGAGCCCACUGCCUGGGACUUUUCCAUGCAGCUGGGGCCCCAAGCCCCCACUCAGCUGAGCUAUGGGGCUCCAGGAUCUCCCUUGGCCUCCAAAGCAGGCUCUGAGCUCCUGAAAGCUCCCUUUGACCUGAGCAUCUUCAACACUGACUUCCUGGGGACGCUGCCCAUCACCUCCAGCCUCAGCAGCAAUGAGUGGCUCACGCUGCAAAUCAACCCCCUGAGCCUGCUCAACGGGGACAGCAAGGACAGCCGCCUGUGAGCCAUCCCCAUGCUGGGGAGCAGGUGCCCGCCAGCACCGCACACUGACCCAACUACCUCUUCUAGCCACUGCCCAUGGGGAGCAGCUACUCCGAUAAGCUACCGCCGACCCCUGAAUGUUAAUGCACCAAACUGAGUGGUGCCCUGGCAGAGACUCACCUGAGAAGCACUGGCUUAGCUACUCUGGAGGCUGCUUUGGCCCCCGCUACCGCUGCGGCCAGCCCCCAGCGUGCCCUGCACCUGCCCUCCAGCCAGUCUCCCCGGUAAAGCUAACAAGACAUGGGGACAGGCUGCACUGGAAGGGCUCGCCCCUGCCUCCGCUGACCACCAAGCCCAAAGAUACGCACCCGGCUGUUUCCAAAGGGUGAUCCUGCCUUGCCUGCGCUCCCCAGCAGCCCAGCGCUGGGCUCGCAGCACCUGGGGUCAGGGCCACACUCGGGGCCAGCACCAGCCCUGCGCUUCCCCUCCCCACUUCACCCUUUCACAGGUGAGCGCCGGGCUCCUCCAACUGACAUCCGUGCCACCGAUACCAUCCAAACCUUUUGCAACAGACACUGAAAGCGAAGAGCGGCCUGACAUCAGCCAUCCCGCUCCUGGGAGCGUGGAGUUCUUACGCUGGUUGGCCUCACUUAGAGGGAGCGAUGGACUUUCCUGACCCUACAGAUGCUCUUCAGCAUUCAACCCCUAUGGCAGAGACCUGGGGCGCUGGUUACCUCCAACGGGGUGCAGGAUGCGUGCAGCAGCAUAAGCCAGGGCAGCCCUGCCCACACUAUGGUCCAUGUUCUGCCACUAUUGCAUACAGACAUUAUUUAUUCUAUUUAAUUUGUAAAUACAGAAAGGAUGUGGUGUUAUUUA